AAAAAUAUAAGAAUUUGACGUAAAAUUUAAGCAUUAAAUCUUAAAUUCAUUUUGUCCACUCUAAAUCGCAUUAUAUCCAGCACUUUGCGCUUUGAUCAUUCGUCACAUGUUCACAUUUUCGCUUCUACUUUUCAACCUAUCUAUCUACUACCUGCUUGCCUGCGUUUUUCGCAUUUCUUUUCAUUCUGGAGGUAAAUUUUUCAUUCAAAACGAAGAAAUCAUGUUUAUUAUUCAACGGUUGCUGCUCAUUGUAGACAGUAGCAAGCUUUCUUACUCAGUUGCAAGCGAGACAUUGAUCGAAUCAGUUGGAUAUUUCCACUAAGAAGGAAAAAUUAUUGGUUUAAAGAUAAAAAAAAAUAAUUAAAGAAAGUGAUAAAGUUUAAAUUUGCAUGCGAAUAAAUUGAAAAUUAAAAAAUCAGCAAUGAAGCUAAAGUGCGAGCAGUUAAGUGUUCUAGUAACAGCAUGCAUACUUUGUCUACAAAUCACUUUUGCUCAACAGCAAAAGUACCAUCCGAGACCACUUGUAUUUAAGUCGUGGCCACCAAUGAGAAGUAACAGCGCACAAAUGAUGCUACAGUUGAGAGGAGCAGGUUCAACGAAUAUAAUUGCAAAGCAGCCACCUCCUCACAUGUUUAUCAAGUCAAAUAAUCCAGUUCAAUUUGCUAUGCAAAUGCCAGCUAGAUUUGCUAAUCGUCCACUGAAAUCAUCGCCAUCAAGUCAUGUCUUUUUCAAAACGGGUUCGCCUUCAAAUGCUGCUCUUAAGAAACCAUACAUUAGUGCAAUGACUCCAUCUCCAGUUUUUAAAUUUUCAUCUCCAGCACAGAAAACAGCUAUCAAGUUCAAAUCACCACCGCCAGUUCCUUUAAAGUCCAAACCAGAGUUCAUCUAUGAAAAAGUCACGUUACCAAAAUACGCAGAACCAGUUAUCGGAACGGAAGCAGCCAUUCAUCAAAUUGCAGCGCCAAAUCUAAGCCUUAAUCAAUUGGAUUCAGAUUUAACAAAAGUCUCGGUUCAGGCAUUCGCAUUGGAAAAUCAACCACAAUUUCAUCAGCCAAUUCAUCAAUACAAAGUCCAUGAAACAUCGAAUGAUGUAGUUUACAAAAAUGCCUAUACUGGUCAGAAAACUCUAUAUGCUCCUGAUCAUGAUAACAUUUUUAGAGGACAUCCUGUUCCAAUAACUGAAGAUCCAAGAAAUAUUCCAAGUGAUAAUAAGCCAAAACCUGCUGAUGUCUUGUAUCACACUAAUAUUGAAUUCAAUGCAUCUCCAUUAGUCCAACAACAUUUUGCAGUCGAUCCAUUUGGUUUUCCAGUAACUGCACAACCACAACUUCAGCAAUAUCAUCUUCAACAAAAUGCCAUGUUACAGCAAGGAAUGCCUUUAGCUUCUUAUAAUCCAACUUAUUUAGUCAUGCAAUCAAAUAACUUAUUAGGUCAGCAUCAACAGCACUUCCAACAUCAAAAUUUAUUCAGCCCAGCACAAGGCUAUGUCGAUACGUCAGGAAUCACACAGCCAAGUUAUGCUACACCACCUUAUUCACAAAAUCAUGAAGUUGCUAGUUUAGGACAAAUUUAUUCAGCACAAAGAGAUCAUUAUCAUCAAUUAGAAGGUGCUAUAACAUCAACUGUAGCUCCAUCAACGAUUUCUAAUUACUAUCAAGAUUAUUCAGCAUCACAGAAUGUCCCAGCAGUUUCACAUCUUGAACCAAAUCCAGUAUUAAGCAACUAUCAACAUUCACCAAACUUCCUUGACUUUCCAGAUGAUCAUUUGUCAUCGAAUGAUAUCCAGAACUUUUUAAACUAUGAUGAUGAUGCAUAUCAAAGGCAAUUAGAAAAUGAUGUCAUUUUAAAGGAAGCACAUGAGAGGCUCAAUGAUAAACUUCAGUUAAAAAAACAUCAGGAAGCAACAAUAAAUGACCUACAUGUGCUUGCUACCGCUGAGAAAUUCAAUCCAUUAAGAAUAAUCGUUCCUGAUAAUGAACAUCAGGAGGUAAAGAAUAAAACUCAAAAAUACUCUAAUUUACAGCACUAAUCCUUUAAUUUAUGCACAAUUUCUAGUUUAAGAAACGUAUUGACGAUAAUGUCGAUAAUGAAGAUUCCGAAGAAUUUGAGGAAUAUGAAGAUGAGCAAAGCACAACUACAGAUAAGCCAGAUACUAAAUAGAUUAGUAGAUUCACCUACUUUUUUGUAAUUAUUUAUUGUUAAUAUGAGUAAAUUUAAUAAAUGAAAAGAUAGUUAAAAUAGAA